CCCGCACCGCUCCCGGGGUCUGUCCCGGACCGCUCCCGGGGCUUGUCCCGGCACCGCUCCCUGGGUCCUGUCCCUGUCCAGGGAGCGCAGACCGGAGCUGCUGCCCCCGGUGAGCUCAGACCGAACAGGCCGAGUGCGCUCAGCCCCUCCCGGUGUAGCUGCUGCACACCCCAACCCUUCCCAUCCAGGUACAUUCAGGAAUGUUUUUCAGCCCAGCUGUGCUCAGGAGUGCCCAGGAACAGCGCGCUGCUCUGAGAAAGAGAAGAGUUUGUGACCCAGCUGGCACUUGUCCACCCUGUCCCUCGGUUAUGGGACACCCAUCUCAGUUUAAAACAUGCUGAGGAAUAACACGAGUGUCCGGCAAGAAGUGAGGAUUGCAUUUUGCAUUUUCAGGGCUGCUUUUACAAUUAAUACUCGUGGCAUUAUUACAUUUCUCACUACUAAUGCCAUACAUUAAUAUUCACUGCCACUAGAUGUUUUCAGUCCCAAGGCAGUCCUUGAGCUGCAGGACCCAGAGUGAUUGGCACAGGCAUCAGUUGUGCAAUUCUCUUUCUGAGGGCGCUGAAGUACAAUGAAGCAAAGCAGUGAGUUGGAGUUUCUGAGCUGGCUUCAAAGGCACCACUGACAUGGCUAACAGGACAAACUCCUCUGAGUAUUUCUGGUCUUAUGAAUAUUACUGGGAUUACAUAGAUCCAAUUCCAGUAGAUGGAAGCAAGUUGGAGGUUAAUAAAUACUCCAUCGUCAUUGCCUUUUGGGUCGGCCUGGCUGCAUUCGUGACCUUUCUUUUCCUUAUUUUACUGUGUAUGUCCUGCUCUGGAUCAACACCAGCCAAGAACUUAGCAUGGCCUUGGGUGAGCGACAGUCUGUGGCAAAGUGGAAUUCCUCUGGAAUUUAUGGCUCCAGUCCUUACAUCUUUCACCUGUCAGUAUCUGUGUUUAUCUACCAGCCCAGUUUGUUUGUAAAGACACCUCCUCUUAUUUUUCAGCACAGCUACGAACGGGACCGCAGCGUCGGGCAGGAGUUCAUUAGGCAGCGACUGCACUCGCGCUAAUUAACGGCCAUGAGAGCACCCGGGGCCACUCCCAGGACAGAGCACUUGCCACAGAAUGUGCUGGAAUCAGUGCAAUCCAGUGGUUUGGAGUUUGGGAAUGCUGUGGGACAUACUCGAAGUGUCAGUAAUGUUUUUUAAAAGAAAGCUACCAAGGGUGUUGGAAUAAAACAAUAAAUAGCAUUGCCUACCUAAUGUCAGUGUUGUAGCUUUUGUGAUGUUGGCCAGCUCCAAGGGGUAAAUCAGCUUCAGGCGGAGCUUCUGCUGCUGUUCUUGCUCGUGUGCUGGAAUUCUGCAGGGUCCAUGUCACUUCACACAUCAGAAACUACAAGUUCAGAAGAAUUUCACAUUGUCUAAGCUCGUCCACGUUCGGCUGGGUUUGGCUGAGUUAAACACGGCUUGGUUCAGUUGAACACAGCUUGGUUCGGUCAAACGCGCCUCGGUUCAAGUCAGCUCACAGAUGUCCUGCUGUCAGCCCCUAGGAAUUCUACAUGACACACAGUGUAGCUUCUGAAGGGCUUGUGGGUUUUUAAAGAAACACAAUUUUUACCUCAGUACAGAGCUGGCACAGAGCUGAUGGCUCCUUUAGGACAUGAAUAUUUACAUUUGUAUCUCACUUUUAUUUAACCCCCCCAAAAAAUUCAUUUUGUACUUUUCUCAGUAAAAACAUUGGAGAGAAAGUCUGUUGAAAUCAACAAAAUAACAUUAUUAAGUCCAACUCUGUUCUUUAAGGUGAUCUUCAGUCAAAAACUUGACACAGAAGCACAUAGAAAUGUAUUUAGUAUUUUAUCCUAACUUUCCCUUCUCAAAAGGCCUCCAGUGCUCCUGCAGAUGGACAUGGCUUAGGAAAGCAGUGAGAAGUCUUUGUUUAGUUCUCACAGAAAAUGUGCAAUCAUUUUUGUUUUUUUGCUAUCUCAGCCUUCUGUACAAAGGAUGCUAUAACCCAAAGGACUGAGUGAUUGCCUUGGGCCUUUUAUUUAAUGCUGAUACAGUUCUAAAAGCCAUGUUUUGAUGGGACAGUAGAAUCGAGAGGAAAGGCAUAGGGAAGGAAAAAAUGUGUCACAACAGUGUGGGAGAGAGGGGGAGAGGCAAGGGCAGGGAGGACCCAGCACACACAGAACAGAGUCAGGGCCCAGACACCUGGGACUUGCUGCAACUCUGGUGUCAGUGCUGCUCCUUCUGUCCUCCCUUCCUUCUCAGCAGCUCAGCUGGCUUGCCUAUCCUCCACCUAAAAACAAUCUGAACAUUAACAAUAGCUAGAACAGACAAAGCUGUAGCUUAAAUAUAACUUUAAAAUUAAGAGUUGGACACCUCAAAGAUCAUGGGCUACCACAUCUGGUAUUGCAGUUCUGCAAACAAAGACUUUCUCUCCCAUAGAAACUCCUCCCAAUACUGAGCAGCUUUGCCUAAACAAGGAUUUGAGGACUCUGCCUCAUUACACUAUGCUCUAUCCUGUUUCACUGUACACAACACAGUAGAACUGGCUGAAACACUGGCAGGCAUCUUCCAUCUCUCCUAAAAA